AUGACAACUCCGCAAGUGAAGACCGGUUUGUUCGUUGGGUUGAACAAGGGACAUGUUGUCACCAGACGCGAAUUGGCUCCUCGUCCUCGUGCUCGCAAAGGAGUAAUGUUUCUCUCUUUGCCUCCGUUUCUUGAGCUUAUACUGGUUGAUAAAAGUUUGGAGAUUUGUGAAUGUUGUAAGUUCACUAGAAAGUCUAAAAUCCGAGCCUCUGUGAAACCAUUUAAUACAAGCAAUCUUGUGAAUGUUUCAAGUUGGCAUUAUCUUGCAAUAAUGUUGCAGCAAAUUUUUCAUUUUGAUUCCAUGUUUCUUGCUUUUAUUUGUUGUGGAUCUGAUUGUGGUGAUGAUCUUUCUGAUGUGGCUCAGAAAACGAGCGUUAGGACACUGUUUAUCAGAUCAUUGAUAAGGGAAGUUGCCGGUUUUGCUCCCUACGAGAAGAGAAUCACUGAGCUUCUCAAGGUUGGUAAAGACAAACGUGCCCUUAAGGUAGCAAAGCGAAAGUUGGGCACACACAAGAGAGCCAAGAGGAAGAGAGAGGAGAUGUCUAGUGUUCUCCGCAAGAUGAGGUCUGGUGGUGGUGGUGCAACUGAGAAGAAGAAGUGAAAAUCAUCAUCUUAAAAGUUUUGGCUUCUUGUUGCAUAGUCAUGAUGAUGAUUCCUAAGCUUCUCAUAUUUUUUAUGUUCCUUUUGCCUUUGGGAUUUACAGAGAGUUUUGUCCACGACUCGUGAUAAUGCGUUUAAUCUUAUAUAUCCACCACUUUUGAUCAUUUAUUUUCCAUUAAAACACUGGAAAUCUUACAUUACUUUGAAAAUUAACGAACUCAUUAUUAAC